GCCUUGAUCCAAGACUAGAUCCGGAAAACCAAAACUGGUGCAAUUCGUGCUUGGAUCAUCGUGAGAAAAUGGUGGAUGCAGCAACCAAGAAAACUCUUAACAACAUUCCAUUACUUAAAACCAAAGCAGGGCCGCGUGACAAGGACUUAUGGCCAGCUAGAUUGAAAGAAGAAUACCAGUCAUUGAUUCAGUAUGUUGAGAACAACAAGGAAGCGGACAAUGAUUGGUUUAGACUCGAGUCAAACAAGGACGGAACGAGAUGGUGGGGGAAAUGCUGGCAUAUCCAAGAUCUCUUGAAGUACGAGUUUGAAUUGGAAUUUGACAUCCCUGUAACAUACCCUGCCACGUCACCGGAGAUCGCCAUUCCAGAGCUGGACGGGAAAACAGCCAAGAUGUACAGGGGAGGAAAGAUCUGCUUAACGGAUCACUUCAAGCCACUCUGGGGAAAGAAUGUGCCCAAAUUUGGCAUCGCGCACGCCAUGGCAUUAGGGUUGGGCCCAUGGCUGGCAGUGGAGAUCCCUGAUUUAAUAUCAAAAGGACUUGUGAGGCAUAAAGAUGAAGGAGCUGCUUCCAAUUCAUAAUGUUGAGAUCACUGCCUAAAGUAGAACUUUCUUAUAGCCAGAGGAAAUUCAGUAACGACUGUCAUAGAUUUUCAUUGUUUUCAAUUUCUAUGGAAAGCCUGUGAUGUCAUAAUUAGUCAUCUAAACACAUGUAUGUUUGUGUGUAAUUCCCUUGAGUACAGGACAUGUAUUGUAUGUACUACUAGGGACCUGUAACACAAAGCUUGGCAAUUGAUCAUGUGGCUGAUUUUAUGUUUGAUCGUACACUAUCGUCACUGCAAUCCUUUUUAUUAAUAAUAGUCCCGUGAUCAAUCACUAAUCUUUAUGUAACAGGGCCUUGGGCCUGUCUGACAGAGAGUUUCGAUGGGUGCUUGAAAUCAAACUCGGACGGUGUUGGAUCUGAAAUUCCUAUCUUUUAAGUGCACAGAGUAGAUCAAUCACGAUAUGACAUCAGUUAGAAUCAAUUGCAACUCUUUGUAGGACGCGGCAUGUGUCAUUAGUUCAAACAUCAACACACUCCUCUUCAUCCACAAGGUUAUAAAACGUACAUACAGCAUGUGCACUCUUUCUAGGUGACCAGUUAUAGCAUUAGAUUCAUGGAUUUUAAUCACUGUUGAAGCCCAGGACCCUGUCUAACAACAAGUUAUGGAAAGACAGCGACUCCAUCAUCUCGAAUAUAUGAAUCUUUUUAAAGUGGUCUCUACAUAUGAUGAACAUCAUAUUGCAUGUGUCUUUGUUGUAACCAGGUAUGCAAGUUAUAAACUCAGAAAAAAUUAAAGGAAUCCCACACUCAAAGAGAGAAUCAAUCUGAGGAGAUGAGUAAAAUGAGUAAUUACUUUCAUAUCUCAUCUUACGCUUGUGCGAUGAAUGGUUAUUGAAACAUAUGGCUUACCAUAAUCUAGUCAUGCAUAUGGUUGUAUGUAACUUAUUUAGGUCAAGCUACAUGUACCACUUUUUUAGCAGCACUCGGUGCAUUCAAGGAAAUAAUCUUAAUCCUAAUCCUGGGUGCACAAUGAAUGUGAAUCCUGCCGAGGGGAAAUUAUGACAUGGCUUGGAUUUGAACCUAUGCCCCUCUUGUUUCAAAGUCUGGAGACUAAUCCACUUGGCCACAAUGCUCCGCAUAGUGUAGAGUGCCCAGUUUUCUAAAAUGCAAAAUCUGUGCUCUGCAGUGACAGAACAUAUAUUGUGUACAAACAUAAUAAAGAUAAAGCAAUCUUAAAAAUAGUGAAAAUAUCAGAACCAUAUGCAUCUAAAAUCAUGGCGAAUAUAUGCUUAAAUACUGCAAACUGAUUUGAUCAACAUAUUUUUCGAACUGAAUUUUAAUUAAUUUGAUUUGAUUUCCAUAAUUUUCAUUACAUUUUUCAUAAUUCAUAUUUUAGGGUCUGAAAAAUUUAGUUUUCCUUGAAAUCUAUGAAUUCUGUAUCCCCAAAUUCUUAGAAAUUUUUCUGUUUUCUUCAUCACAGAAAAUUUUGAACUGUAUGAAGGUGUUCCUUUUACCCAACUGUAAAAAAUAUGCAAGAAUUGUAGUCACAAGAAAAGAAAAAGUAUAGUCAGAAUAUUUUAGUUGUGUACUGUUUAUGUAUGUGACAUAUUUAUGACUGACAGUUGUUUAGUAAGUAUAAAUCAAUCAUUUAUGUAAUGAAAUUUUCUGUAAAGGGGUUGUCAAAAGACUUAAUAAGAGGAGCAUUUCAUGAAAUUACUUGUCAGACGUUUUAUCCGACAAGUCCCGUUUUAUCCGACAGUUACCAUAGUAACAGUGCUUCUCAGCCAAUCAGAAUCAAGGAAAGUUGUCAGAUGACAUAUAUUAAUGAAAUGCUCCCCUGGACCAUUUUUGCCAGACUGCUAAGUAAUGUAUGUACAUGGCAAUUUUUUUAAUCAUCUCAUCCUACAGGUAACAUUGCUUCAGUCAAAACAUUUUGGGGACCAUAGAAAUCUGUUUGCCUUUCAUAGUAAUUUUAUUUAUGAGAGGUAUAUAACACUACUUUUGCACAAUCUUGGGCCAGAUUCAUAAAGAGUUAUAAAAAAUAUGUACAACUAAUAUAUCUGCCAUUAUGGCAACUAGCGUGGAAACACAACUCAGUAGCCAAUCACAAUCCAGGUUUCCAUGGAAGAUGAAAUGACAAAAUUGCAAUAGUUUUAAAUCUUAAUGAAAUGGGUCCAUGAUCUAAAGAAAAAUUGCUCCGAUUGGGAAAGUCAGGAGAGUUGGGUUUUGGGUUCCAGUGACCCGGGUUCGAUUCACACUUGGUACGCUAGUGCCCUUUGGUAAGGCAUUUCUCAUUACCAGGUCCCUUGGAGAGGACCUUAAGCCGUCGGUCCCCUGGUUGCUUGCUUACAAGCAUCCAUUCUUUCUUGGCAAUCGAGUAAAAAAUCACCACCAUUUACCAAAGACGUUUACCUGUAUUUCUUGAAACACAAAAUCUUUUUUUAAUGUAUAGAUAGGAAUGUAAAGAAAUAGAAUUAAAUUAGAAAACAGCUUGUCGUAUGUUUGUUGGCAUAUGCUUCUAAAGACAUCCUGGGCCCCGUCUUUCAAAGAGUUACGAUUGAUCCAAUAAAUAUCAACUGUAUGGAUAUCCAUCAAUGUCAUAAUUUUUUCUGAAGGAAAUUUAAACAUCCAAUGUUAAACACAGAAGCUCACUGAAUUUUCAACAAAAUGAUAAAUAUAUGAAUACUCAUAUCUAGAAUACAUUUUGAACAGACGCAUUACAGAUGUUGACUUUGCUGGCUAUCCAUAGUUGUGGUUGAUUUGAUCAAUUGUAACUCUUUGUAAGACGGGGCUCAGAUGUAAUAGCCCCUUAACUAUUUGUCUUCAAUUUUAAUACAUUACCAAAAUAUCCAUAUAUGCAUGUGUAUUACAUGAAUAAAAUGAAACAUUAUAUUUACUUGAAAA